GGCUAUGACAUGUGCAGUGCCGUUUCGAUAGUUUUCACAACAACCACGUUUAGCAAAGGCACUAUCUUGUACCCCUCUGGAUCCAACAAGGCAGCUCAUGUGGCCGUGCCAUAGACCGUCGUUCGCGCUCCGUUUGAGUCACAGAGAUCGUCUUGAACCGCUUCUCCUCGGGAAGCAGUCACUCUGAGUGAUAUUCACUCACAAUGUCGUGAGAACAUAUAUAUACCCUCAUCUUCCCUUUCCUUACCGUUUCUGCUUGUUCUUCAUCUUCCAGAGCAUUAACCUCCACAGUCACAGCAGAUUGGAGAUUGACUCAGCCAAACAGCCUACAAGUCUUCACUCUUUACUUCGUCUCAAACCCGCCAACACAUCGCACACUCACUCAUCACAAACCAACACAUUCUUUCAGAUCCAAGAUGCCAGGCAUGUGGUACCACAUCUCCAACGCCAACGAGUACCUCGUGGUCACUGGCGCCAAUAUUCAAGAUGUUCGCAUUGUCAAAAAGGCGUUCGUCUUUCCAUGGCAGCGUGUAGCAAGAAUCUCGGUCUCGCCAUUCGACUUCUCGCUCAAUCUACAGGCGAUGACUAUCGAGAAACUUCAAUUCGCUCUACCUGCCGUCUUUACCAUCGGGCCCGACAACAAGCCUGAGGCACUCAAGAAAUAUGCGCUGCUCCUCAGCGGCAACCCCGACGGAACAUCAACGAGUUCUUCGAAGCCCGGUACAGCUAUUGUACCGACCCAGCGCAGCCAUGUCCAGGAUAUUGUCAAGGGUAUCAUCGAAGGUGAAACACGUGUCAUCGUUUCCUCUAUGACCAUGGAAGAGAUCUUCAAGGAACGCCAAGUUUUCAAGCAAAAGGUCAUUGAGAACGUGCAAAAAGAACUUGACCAGUUCGGUCUGUGUAUCUACAAUGCCAACGUCAAGGAACUGCAAGAUACCCCCGGCUCCGAGUACUUUGCAUUCCUUUCUCGGAAAGCCCACGAAGGUGCUUCGAAUCAAGCCCGUAUCGAUGUGGCCGAGGCACGCAUGCGCGGUGAGAUCGGUGAGGCCUCGAAGCGCGGCCACACGAAGCAGGAAAUCUCCAAGAUCGAGGCCGAAACGGCCGUUCUCGAGACCAAGCGCAAGGCCGACAAAGCGCAAGCGGACGCGGAGCUCACCAACCGCCAGACAGAACUCGACAUGGGCAUCCAAAUGGCCCAGAUCAAAGCGCGACGCGCUGCCGAGGCUCGCGACGCCGAGCUCCAGAGGGAGGUCGAAACCAAGAAGGCCGCUACGGAGCUCGAGCGACUACGCGCAAAGGACCUGGUGCGGGCGCAGAUCGCCAAGGAGACGGCGGAGCGCGACGCCGACGCCAACUUCUACCGGGACAGCAAGAAUGCCGACGCCCAAGCGUACGCCGAGAAGCAAGCCGCCGACGCCCAGCUGUUCAAGCAGCAGCGGCAGAUCCAGGCCAACGUGGAGCGACAGAUGAAGGAGGCCGACGCGACGUACCACGCCCGCAUGCGCGAGGCCGAAGCCACCCAGGCCCAGGCCGAGGCCUACAAGUCCCUCGCCGAGGCGUUUGGCGGGCCGCAGGGCCUCCUCACGUACAUGAUGAUCAAGGAGAACACGUUCGAGAAGCUGGCCAACGCGAACGCCAAGGCCAUCCAGGGCCUCCAGCCAAAGAUCACGGUCUGGAACACCGACGGCGCGGGCGGGGGCGGUGGCGACGCCGCGGGCAUCGCGCCCAUCAAGAACAUCAUGCAGUCCCUCCCGCCGUUGUUGAGCACGAUCCACGAACAGACCGGCAUCGCGCCGCCAAACUGGAUGAUCAAGAUGCCACCCCAAGAGGGCGGCGAGGCCGGGGCCGGUGCCGGUCUCAACGGCUCCGCUUCACCCCAUGAGAAGAAGAAGUUGCAGAACCAGCAGCAACAUUAGGGCAAAGAAGAUCACGACGCGACCUGCUCGCCACCCCCUUCCCCCCGAGUGUUCUUUGCCACCUGGGUGACGGUGAUCUGUUUAAGGUUGGAUCGAACAAAACACCUGUACACGCGUCUGGUGAUUGUAUGACCGGGGGGGGAGCCGACGCACAUUUUCCUCUUUGUUUUCCCCCCCUUUUUGUGUCUUCUGCCGGGUUGUACUUGUCGUUAUGCCCAGUCUACAGAUCCUUUGACUUUGCCGCCCAGAGUCGGCGCCCGUCAUGUUUGCUUUCCAUAUAGUUGAACCCGAUGGUUUCCGGCAGUUUUGCGUCAUCCAAUUUGAUACCACCAAAGUUUGAUGUAUUCCAGAUGAAUUGUAACAAUAAUGAGUCAAUCACGAUGGGAAUCAAGAAUGAAG